CUAAAAUUUUAUAUAAUUUUUUUUGGAUAUUAAUAUAAAAGGUUAAUAAAAGCAUUUUGUAUUUAAAGUAUUUAGGAGAAAUUUAAUAGAAGAAAAAGAAAAACAAAAGAUGAUUUGAGAAAAGUGUGUGUGUGUUAAAAAACUUUCAAACGUAAAUCAGUUCAUGCCAUAUGCACAGGUAUCGCUCUUAAGGAGCGCACAUCAAUUUAGCUGAGCCGAUUGGAAAGGAAACGAAAAGUGCGAUGCUAAUAUUGGACAGCUGGACCACCUCGGGAUAAUGGUAUUCCCUUUCCCCCCAUUAAAAUACACGACAAGAUUCGUGCCCGGCCCCUGAUAGUUUUUGCCGCCAACGUGGCAUCGCCUUCCUCCCGCGAUAUGGUCCAUCUGGAAGACAGGGAGAUAUCGGGCCGCCUGCUGCAGGCUAGCGUCUGAUCUUAAAUCAUCGGCAUGGAUAGAAGUAGAUAUCUCGCCGUCGUAUCUUGGGGACCAAGAAAGAACCAAAACGAAGAUCGGUGAAAAAUUGGAGAAGUGAAGGCGAAUCAAAAAUAUCCGACUAUCCCCUCCACGUGGGCAAUCGGACAGGUACGAUCGUGGCAUCGGACCGUGCACUUUUUUAUCCAAACAUAAAACGAGACCCCUUAAACUAAUAAAUAUCCCAAAAAGCCCCCUCUGGAAUCUCACGCCCUUCAGAAAUAUCUAUCCCCCCACCACACCUCCACCGCUUCCACCGCCGUCGUCUCCAUCGUCUCCCCCUCCUUCUAUGGCUUCCUCUCUCUUUAAACCCUAGCUCGAAAUCCUCUCCUCGGAUCUUGAAUUUCCGUAAUGGGGGAGGAAGCCGAGGACGGCGACUUCGACCGCCUUGCCGCCGCCGCCGAGGACGGCGGCGGCGGCGGAGACGAGGGAAGGGUCCUCGAGUGGGAGAUCGGGCUCCCCAGCGCCGACCAUCUCACUCCGCUGUCCCAGUCUCUGAUCCCGCCGCAGCUCGCCUCCGCCUUCAGGAUCACGCCGGAGCCCCCAAGAACCAUGCUUGACGUCAACCGCGCCUCCCAGAAAACCCUCUCCAACCUACGCCGCCACGCCCCGCCGCCGUCGUCCUCCUCCGCCCUCAGAUCCUUCAAUCCCUUCCCCUCCCCUCCCGCCGCCGCCGCCGCCGAUGACCCCAUGGUUCUUCAGGGUGACGAUCCUUCCGGCACGGACGGCGCCGGCAAUCCCUCCCGCAAGGUCCGGAGGGCUGAUGCUUCCCUCUCCGCCACUGCCGCCGCUUCCGCCGCCAUGGAGGAGGCCGAUUCCAAUGCUCCCCGGCCAGAGAACUCCAACGACGAUCACUCUGCAAGGACUCUCAAGAGGCCCCGACUCGUCUGGACCCCGCAGCUCCACAAGAGGUUCGUGGAUGUCGUCGCCCAUCUUGGCAUCAAGAACGCCGUGCCUAAGACCAUCAUGCAGCUCAUGAACGUCGAGGGGCUGACGAGGGAGAACGUCGCGAGCCAUCUCCAAAAGUACCGCCUUUACCUCAAGAGGAUGCAGGGGCUUUCGAACGAGGGGCCGUCAUCCUCCGACCAUCUGUUUGCCUCGACGCCGGUGCCGCAGAGCAUGCACGAACAUCCGGUGCCGGCGCCCAUGCCUUAUGCAGUGCCAGCGAUGAUCCCGAUGCCUGUAUUUGGCAUGGCUCACCCCCAUGGGCAUGGAGGUCCCGUGGGGAUGGUGCCGGUAAAUAACCACCAGAGCAAUGGAGCCUAUCAUGGACACAAUCCUUAUGGAGCUCUCGGGGAGCAGCCCAAGGAUUGGCCAGGUGGUAACAACUUUGGUUCGAUUGUUUCCUAUCCUCAUGUUAUGCCUAAUGAUAAAUAACGGAAAAAUAAAAAGGUUUGCUGACUAAAUUUCUCUGAAGUGGUAUGUCUGGUUGAUACUCUGUCCUGUUAUGUUUUGUUCUGUGGAAUGCACAGUCUUCUGCUACUUUAACCAAUCUGAUUUUGCAUUAAGAUGGCGAAUUCUUGGUUUUAGGAGCACAUCUUGAGAUACUUUAUUAAUUCUGGACUCAAAUUCAUUCAUCACUUGUGUUGUCGUUGUUGAAGUUAAGAAGUGUUAGGUCAUCUACUCACACUGAGACAAAAUAACCCUUGUUAUUUUGGGAAUUUACUUUUUUUUCCUCACACCGAGACAACCACAGUUAUGUACUUUUUUUUCAUCUACUUCUUUUUCCCAAUAAAUAAUUUUACUGAAA